AAAAUCCUGAAUCUAACAUAUGUAAACAAACCAGCUAUUUAUACAGGCAUGGCAUAAACACUUUUCUCUGGAGCAACUACCUUUAAGAAUGAGGCACCAUAAAAUGUUGUUAAAGACUUUCAAAGUGCUUUCAUUACUUUUAGGGGUAAUCCCCAUCCAUGCUUUAGACAAACACGGAUGGAGAAAGCAGUCGAUUUAUUCAUUGCUAACAGAUCGGUUUGCAACCACCGAGUCUGUGGAUUGCAAUCCCGAGGAUCGUAGCUAUUGCGGUGGAAACUGGAGGGGAAUCAUCAAUAAACUUGAUUACAUUCAGAAUCUGGGAUUCACAGCUAUUUGGAUUUCACCCGUUAUUAAGAAUAUUGAAGGCAGAACUAAGUAUGGUGAAGCUUAUCACGGAUAUUGGCCGCAGGAUCUUCUUACUUUGAACCAUCACUUUGGUACUGAAGAGGAUUUGAUCGAUCUAGCAGAUGCUUUACAUGAACGAGGAAUGUAUCUAAUGGUAGAUACAGUGGUAAACCAUGUCGCUGCCCCCGAUACAAGAAACAUCGACUUUUCAAUGUAUAGUCCUUUUAAUAAAGAAGAGCACUAUCAUCCCAUGUGUCCAAUUAUCCAAAGUGAUCCUUUAUCUUUGGAACAAUGCUGGAUCGGCACAGAAGAUGUGACCUUACCUGACGUGGAUACAGAGAAUCCGUUCAUUAUUGAAACAUUGUACAAUUUCAUUCACGACCACGUUAAAAAAUUCAAAAUUGAUGGGUUACGUAUUGACGCUGCAAAGCACGUUCGUCAAACAUUCUGGCCGGGAUUUUGCGAAGCAGCAGGUGUUUACUGUCAAGGAGAAGAGUGGACUGGGGAAGCAGCAGCUUUUUGUGAAUGGCAAGGUUUUAUGGACGGUUUACACAACUUUCCUGUACAAGGUGUAGCUUCGGAAGCCGUAAUUCCAGUCAAUGAUAGGGCUUUAAGAAAAACUGCAAUAGCGAUGAACCUUGUAGCACACCAUUGUAUCGACAGCACUCUUUUAGGUCUUUUCCUCGAAUCUCAAGAUGCACCCAGAUUGGCAGCUCUCAACAAUGACUUUAAUGUACUAAAAAAUGCCAUGACACUAAAUCUCAUGUCGGAUGGUAUUCCGAUUGUAUUUUACGGGCAAGAACAAAUGCUAGAUGGAUCUCACGAUCCCAUCAAUCGUCCAGCGAUGUGGAUUACUGGAUACCAUACCGAAGGCCCUCUGUACAAGUACACAGCGAAAGUGAAUAAAAUUCGCAGAGAUUUAAUCAAUUCUGAAGACGGCGAGGACUGGAUUCGUACCCGUACACAUGCCAUUCCUGUGGGUGAUAACCUUAUGCUAAUGUACAAAGGGCCAGUCAUUACCUUCAUUACGAAUUAUGGAUCUGUUAACAAGGAAUAUAUUCUCAAAAUGCCUGCAUCCGAACCUAUGGUUGAUUUGCUGACAUGUACUCUAAUUGAAGUUGAGAAUGAAAUUCUCAAAACGACCAUUCAACGGGGUGAACCCAAGAUUUUGUAUCCCUAUAAAUUAACCAUGCGCGACGGCUUCUGUGCCGAUGAACUGUCGUUACAAGACGAAAUUCCACGCGUUUUCAUGGGCCAUAAUGAAAUAAAUGGACCAGACAGAAAAUAAGCUACGCAUGGAAGGUUUUUUUUCUUCGUAUGCUUACGAAAUAUAAGCGGCAAAAUCUCCAAACUCUCGGCAUCUCAUGGAUUAGUUCUUAAUACAUAUACUGCUAAUGUAUUUUUCUUUUUUUUUUCCAA